GUCAGCAUGUUGGCGCGCACCGGCUGAACGCAGCGCUGGUUGGUGUAGGCUACUCAUAUGUGUGCGUGUGUGUGUAUGUGUGUAGCUCAGCUGCGCUCUGUCCCGGAAUGAGACUUCACCAUCAGCUGUGAGACUAGGUCCAUCGUGGAAGCACGCGGGGACACGUCGCUCACCUGCGGCUGGAUGGAAAUAGAUGGAGGGGCUCGCGCCGCAGCCGCUGUUGACGCUGCACUCUACCGACUGCUUCACCUCCUCUCCUGGUCCACGGGGGAGCGCGCUUGUAAGCUGAUUUGACCCGGGGAUGUGAAUACCUCUCCGGGAUUAGAAGGUUAUUGGGUGAACGACAAUGCCCCGCGGCUCGGUACGGCACUCCCGGCUAUUGUUCGUGCGGCGGCGGACGCACGGUACCAGGUCUCCCCCCGUUCAUCUCCAGUAGCUGAAGCCUACAGCCUCUGCUCCUGUGCCUCCUCGCUGCUUCGCUCCGGUCACCCUCCCGGUGUGGAUAGGAUAAUAUGACUUCCUGGCUCCGCACAUACAGCAGCGUCCCUCUGUGUGUCCUGCUCUGCUGCGUGGUGGUCGCUGUCUGCGCAGAAGCCUCCAGUGCCGGUGACAGUGCGUGUCGGUCUACCAGUAUCACUUCUUGCACAGAGUGUCUCAGUCGUGGACCACAGUGCGCCUGGUGCUUCAAGGAGGACUUUCAGGAUGGGUUGUGGCCUGGCCAGCGCUGCGACCUGUCUGUGAACCUGCUCAGAAGAGGCUGUGGACCGGAGUUCAUGGAGCAGACAGAGAUCAAGGUGGAGGUCAAUGCCACCAUUAGCAACACACAAGUGUCCCCAGGAGACAUCAGUAUCACCCUCAGACCAGGUGCAGAAGCCAGCGUCAUAGUGGCUGUGAAGCAGCUGGAGCGUUACCCUGUGGAUCUGUACUACCUGGUGGAUGUAUCGGCUUCUAUGCAGGAAAACCUGGAUCAUUUGAAGACAGUGGGUGUAGCUCUGUCUCUACGUAUGACACAGCACUCCUCAGACCUUUGGCUGGGUUUCGGCUCGUUCGUGGACAAACCUGUCUCCCCUUACAUCAACGUCCAUCCCUCAAAGAUCAACAACCCCUGCAGUGAUUAUGAGAUCCGCUGUCGUCCAGCCCACGGCUUCCACCACGUCCUAAGCAUGACGGGAAACAUGAGCGAGUUCACGCGGGUGAUCAAACGCCAGCGCAUCUCCGGAAACAUGGACACACCUGAGGGAGGGCUGGAUGCUAUGCUGCAAGCUGCUGUCUGCCAGAGGGCAGUGGGUUGGCGACCAGAUGCCAAGCGUCUGCUGCUCCUGAUGACUGACCAGCCAUCUCACCUCGCCUUGGACAGCCGGCUGGCCGGGAUUGUGACGCCACACGAUGGCCUUUGUCACCUGGAGAACAACGUCUACACAGGGAGCACCAGGAUGGACCAUCCCAGUGUGGGUCAGUUGUCUGAUAAGCUGCUUGAAAACCAUAUCUACUCCAUCUUUGCUGUGGAGAAACAGCAGUACCAGUGGUACGAGGAGUUGGUGCACUUACUGCCUGGUUCCUACCUGGGAAGGUUAGGCCUCUUCCAAGCUCCAAAUCUAAUAGAGCUGGUGGUGGACGCGUACAAGAGUUUGUUGUCAGAGGUGGCGGUGGUGGUGUCAGUGGAGGACAAGGCAGUCAGCAGGUACUGGGUGUCUGUGUCACCUGUCUGUCCUGACGGUUCCACAGCAAAGGACCAGAGCUGCUCAGGGGUUCAGCCCGACCAGACGGUUUACUUCAAUAUCACCAUUGGCCUGCACUCCUGUCCUGAUGAUGGUGAAGAUGAAGAUGUACGAGUGAUGGUUCGUCCUGUGGGAUACAACGAAUCCACUGUCAUUAGGAUUCACUCUAAAUGUCGCUGCCGUUGUGGAUCAACAAGGCGCUGUCAUGACGACAGCCAAUCACCAUGUACAGGGACCCAGGACGGUGCCAAUCAGCAACAGAGGCAAGAUCAUGGACUGAUUAACGACUCAAACAGAGAUUCAAACUGGAAAUGCAGAGCCGAUGGGUCUGAUGUGGACUGCAGUGGUCGGGGCGUGUGUGAGUGUGGAAAGUGUGUGUGUGACCAGAGCAGGCUUGGGACAGUGUACGGGAAAUACUGCCAGAGAGAUGACUUCUCCUGCCCGUAUGAAGGGGGACUGCUGUGUGGGGGACGGGGUGAGUGUGUGUCAGGUGAAUGUGUGUGUGAGGAUGGCUGGACGGGAGAUAGCUGCGCUUGUCCCGUCUCCAAAAGGACCUGCCAGUCAGCCAGCGGCUUGUUAUGCAGCGGACGGGGAAGAUGUGUGUGUGGCAAGUGUGUGUGUGAUGACCCCCGAUACUCUGGAGACUUCUGUGAGAGAUGCCCUGCUUGCCAAAGCACCUGCCAAUCAUACUGGAAGUGUGUGGACUGCCACCUGUCUCACGGGCUCACACAAAAAGAGGCAGGACACUGCAACAGCACCUGCGCACCAUUGGUGGGCUACAUGGAUGAUGUAUCAGGUCAAGCAGGGGAGAUGUGGAUUCAGUGUAUGUACAUCAGUAAUGACAGCUGUCGCUAUCGCUUUCAAACCAGCUCACAGUCUGGUCAGACCCAGCUUCACAUUAGCACAAGACCAGAGUGUGCCAGCAGUAGCAGGCUUGUGGGAACGUUCCUCGGUGUAUGUGCCCUGACAGUGCUGUGUGGGCUGGUGAUGGUCGCCAUGUCAAGGUUGGUUCUACAGAAAAAAGGCUGGUCACCAGGGGGCACUGCCGAGGAUGGAGUUUAUCACUGCACUGUAAAGGACCUGUCAUACAUUCCUACAACCAAUGAGAAGACAGUUACCUACAGGAGGGAUCAUACACCUGACCGCCCCGUGGAGAUGCACAUUCAAGUUCCCAAGAUGCCCCUUGGUGACCCCUGGCAGUACUAGCCAGAGACCAGAGGUCAUGGUCAGAAGCAAGGCAGUAGAAGACAUAAGGAAGAAGAGUUGGACUAAAAGCUUCUUUUCUGUCUCUUAACUUUCAUGAAACUUCAACCAGCUGUAUGUGGAGACUGAGAGAGGUUAACUAAACUAUGGAAACCUCCAUGGAAUCACAUUUGUAAAAUGAACUGACCAGACGCUCGUAGACUGUGUGACUAAUGUGGCCAGUGGAAAUUGAGAUGAGACAAAGAGCACAAGUCCCCUGCCUCUCAAAGGGUGAUCAUUCCUCGCUUUUUAGCCAUGCAGCAAUUACUGCUCUAACUUAUGGACACAUGUGUGCGUGUGUGAGUGUGUGUGUGUGUGUGUGUGUGUGUGUGUGUGCGAUUAUGUGUGUGUGGUGCAGGUAGAUGCAUUUGUGCUCUAUCUAGGCUUUCUAUUUAUAAUUUUAUAGUAAAAACACUACAUGUUUUAGGUUCAUGUGACUGUGUGACACGCCAACUGUACUGUCUCCCUGUCUUAGUCUGCCCCCUCGUGGCCAGCUAGAGGUACGAUAUUUGCUCUCAAAUAAUACUGUCUACACAUUACUGACCUCAGCUGUCUUGUGUUGGGAUUUAAUUCAUGAAGCACACCAGUGACUCUUUAUUUCUUCUUACAUUGAUUAGAUUUUCAAUCAUUUGUGGAGUAUCUGGUUUUAGUGUUAUUUGUUGCAUUUUGUUUUCAUAAGUAUAUAGUUUCAUAUGAUUGUCAGUUGUUAAUAAUCUGGUUAGACUUGCACUAGAACAAUUGUUUUGCAUUAUACUACUGAAAACUGGGGUCUCUGGGGCAACAGAGCUGUAAUGAUGGGUCUGAGAUGAUUAGUUUGCUAUUUGUUGGGCAUUAGAGGGCAUCUAUUUGAAGCUAAUGUAACAAAACCGCAACACUGGAAUAACAAUGGACUGAAAAUCCAUAUGUAAAAUACAGACACACUGAUAAUUAAUGGCAACUUAAUCAUCAAUCGCCUGAACAUAUGACCUCUAUAUCAGAGACUGAGCUGUGUGUGCAUGCAUCUGCUGAUCAUCCCAGAGCCAUUACUAUCCAGAACUCUAGAUAAACUGAUAUGUUUAGACUCUGAGAGCAACUCCUGGAAAAGAAUGAAUGCAUGAAUGAAUCGGCUGUAAAGCUACAGAGACUGGAGGUGGACUUAAUCUCCUUAUACUCCUCAUGCACUAGAUCCAGAGUGCCAGUUGCAUGGCAUCUUGUGACUUUUGCUUGCCCAACCCUAUUCUUUUUUUUUUUUUUUUUGUAUUUAACGCAAAUGUUGUUUACAGCAGUAGCUGCUCUAUUUUUCUGUAAGUCAGGAACACUAAUGAUUAUUUAUUGUGAUUUUAUUAUUUUCUCUUUUAUUGAUAUGUUAAUUAUACAAUUUUAUGAUAUGGCUACUUGAGUAAUGGGUAUUACUGUUUAUGUUAAUGAAGACUGGUCUAUAUCCUUAACCUGGAGAAUAAUUCAGCAAUAAGGUAACAAUCAUCUCAUUUUACCGGGCACGCGGUUCGGUGUAACAACAGCACUUUUAUGUGUAGUUUUGUUGUCAAUUAAUGUGACUAGUUGUGUAGCAUGUAUGAUUUCAUCACAAUAAAUAUG